AUGACAGUCUCACAUUGGGUACUGCAACGAGUCCUAUACUGCUACAGUCACUGGAGACACAUCGCUCUACUGACGACUUCCACCGCCCUCGCCUCUACCUUACUCCUCCUGCUGUGGAUACGACGUCAUGUCAUCACCAAACCCACGAGGCUCAAGACGGUCACCGUUCUCGUCCUGGGAGAUAUAGGCAGGUCACCUCGGAUGAUGUACCAUUCAGAAUCUUUUGCUAAACAUGGCUGGGAGACUGCCGUGGUGGCUUACUUUGAUACCCCUCCGAUUCCUUCUCUCAUCUCCACCCCCCACGUUCACCCCUUUCCCAUUCUCAACCCCCCUUCACUCCUUCUUCGCCUCCCUUGGGUUCUAAGGGCACCUAUACGAAUCCUUUAUCAAGUUAUCUCAGUCAUAUUCAAUUGCCUCGUGUUCAUUCCAGUGCACAACGAGGUGCUACUUGUGCAAAACCCACCUAGCAUUCCAACUCUAUUAUUGGCCCAGGUCCUUGCGAGGGUGACAGGAGCGAGAUUGGUGAUCGACUGGCACAAUACAGGGUACAGUAUAUUGGCAAUGAGAGUGGGAGAUAGAUCUCCCUUGGUCAAAGCUGCUACAUGGUUUGAGAGAAAAUUUGGACAACGAGCAUAUGCACAUUUGUUCGUCACGAAAGCCUUGAGAGAUUUCUUGUCAGAUGAGUGGGGAUUGCAAGGGAAACUCAUCGUCUUGCAUGAUCGCCCACCAGCACAUUUCCGGCCGACAGGACCGAUGACCGCUCAUGAGCUAUUCCACAGGCUUGAACCUCAUCUGUCCCCUCGUCUUCCUUCCUGGCUCUCACACCCUUCAUCUCACACCAUUCUCACCCAUUUAUCAAGCUCCAACCUCAUCUGUCCCCUCCCUUCCCGACCUGCUCUUCUCGUAUCUGCUACAUCUUGGACGGCCGAUGAAGAUUUCAACCCUCUCCUUACCGCCUUGGACAAUUACCAAAUUGCUCUUUCAUCCCUGCCCUCUCGACAUCUCCCUCGUCUGGUGGUGCUCAUCACCGGGAAAGGUGCCUUACGAGCCGCUUUCGAAAAACAAGUACAGGCACGUGAGAAAGGUGAUUCCUCACAGUAUGAUGAUAAACAGCAUGGUUCUGUAAAUGGAAAAACUGUUCGAUGGACAGAUGUUUGUGUCAGAUGUGUGUUCCUACCUGCUCGAGAUUACCCUACUCUAUUGGGAUGUGCGGAUCUGGGUGUGUCGAUGCAUAGUAGUAGUUCAGGGAGAGAUCUACCUAUGAAGAUUGUGGAUAUGUUUGGGUGUGGGGUACCUGUGCUUUCUAGGGAUUUCGCAUGCGUGGGAGAGUUGGUGAAAGAUGGGCAAAAUGGGAGAGUGUUUGAUACUGGGGAGGAAUUGGGUGGGUUGUUAGUGGACAUCCUCUCCGGAUUCCCAGACUCUCCAAAACUCGUACAACUCAGGAAUUACUUCACACAACAAUCCCGUCCAUCAUCACGCCGCGCGACGCCAGAGGUGGAUGCAACAGAAGAAGUCUGGUCUACGUGGGAACAGAACUGGGAUAGGGUGAUGCUUCGCUCUGUCCUUGGCGAUAGGGGCAGGAGGGGAUUAUCUUGAAUAUGUCGUAUCAGAUGCUUGAUUGUGACCAAAUGUAUCAUCCUUAUUCAUCUUCGCAUGCAUCAUUCAUUGGAUCA